AUUUUUCUGGUUAAGUGGAGCAUAUGGAUUGAAAGGUCCAAACGACAAGAUUCCGCGUCCUCAUGUUUAUGUAACGGUGAAAAGAGGAAAGAAGAAAUCUGAUGUAUUAAAAGAAUUUAAAGAAGUGUUUGAAUGUGAUCCAAAUAAAGUACUUCGAACUUUUUGUGAACCGAAGAGAAAACUGAAGUUUAAGUACUCACCAAAGCCAACAUCUGGAGGGGGAAUCGUUGCUGUUAGUAAAGAUAAAGAUAAUAAUCCUAUAAAAGUGUUGGAUCAAAGCGUGGACGAAGGAUCAAGAGUUCUUUGA